UCCAAUAUGACGCCUGUUAUAAGGUAUUUGUUGUUUGUAGUUUGUCUGUGUUACAUUAUCACAUUUGCUACAGUAACGGCUGAUAAAAUAAAUCAUGCUAUUGAAACGAGGAUGGCUUUCUUCGAGGAGCAACUCAGGAUGCAGGAUAUUAAAAUGAAACAACAGGAGAGAAGAAUUCUAGAGCUUGAACAGAAGCAACUCAGCCUUGAAACCGAAGUCUGGAUGCAAAAAGAAAUCAUCAAAACGAUUACACGAUCAAAGACGGUCGAAAACGUAACUACAAAGGAUGUAGAUGAACAGCUGUUUCUAACCAACAACAUGAGAAAACAGAAAGUACAACCUGACAAAACAGUUAUUCGGGGUAUUAGACAAGUGGAAAGGACAGCAUUUACCGUGUAUGCAACAAAAGUCAUCCAAAACUUGGGUCAAGGUCAACAAAUAAAAUUUGAUACGUUGCUGACGAAUCUGGGCAAUAACUAUAACAUUCAUACAGGCGUUUUCACAGCACCAGUCGAUGGUCUUUACGCGUUUUGCUUUUACAUCGCUGAAUACAACAUUCAUCAGUUAUAUGCUUCGUUGGUAGUAGAUGGCAAAAGGACAGUACAAGGCAUAGCUGAUUGAAUGCACGACGGACAUGAUGUUCAAGGUGUUAAUUUUGCUCUCUUAAACCUAUUAGCGGGACAAAGUGUAUGGCUUGAAAGUGAUGUACCUGGCGGAUAUAUCUUCGCGGCAGAUACCAAUCGAUUUGAAUCGUUUUCCGGCUUCUUUUUGUA